GUCCCGGCCGAUCUCCCAGGUGCCGCGGGACGCGAGGGCCGGGCGCGGCCAUGCGGGGCCCGGGCCUGACCCCGACUCCAGUCCCAUCCCGGACUCCGACUCCGACCCCGACCUCGAACCCCGGCACAGCCUGGCUGCCCCGACGGAGGCGUUGGCGGGCGCAAAGCGCGCUCUGAGGCUGGGGGAUGCGCCGCCGCCUCGACCAUGGGCGCCGCCGCCUCCAGGAGGAGGGCGCUGAGGAGCGAGGCCAUGUCCUCAGUGGCGGCCAAAGUACGAGCAGCCCGCGCGUUUGGAGAGUACCUGUCCCAGAGUCACCCUGAGAAUCGCAACGGAGCAGACCACUUGCUGGCCGACGCCUACUCUGGCCACGACGGGUCUCCUGAGAUGCAGCCAGUCCCUCAGAAUAAACGUCGCCUCUCCCUUGUCUCCAAUGGCCGCUACGAGGGCAGCCUGUCUGAAGAGACGGGCAGAGAGAAGCCGGCAGGCCAGGGCCCUGAGCCCCGAGUAUACACCAUCUCAGGUGAGCCAGCCCUGCUGCCCAGCACUGAGGCUGAAGCCAUCGAGCUGGCCGUGGUUAAGGGACGGCGACAGGGCGGACACCACCACCACCACCACAGCCAACCUCUGCGUGGCAGCCUUGGUGGCAGCCGUGAUGACCUCACCGGGCCCUGCCAGAGCUGGGCAGGCAGCCGCCAGGGCUCCAAGGAAUGUCCCGGCUGCACCCCGAUGGCCCCCAGCCCCUCCCCACGAGCCUUUGGGCUGGACCCAUCGCCCCCGCCUGAACCCAGCGGCCGCCGCAAGAAGCUGGAGAGGAUGUACAGUGUGGAUCGAAUGUCGGAUGACAUCCCUAUCCGCACCUGGUUCCCCAGGGAGAACCUCUUCAGCUUCCAGACAGCAACCACCACUAUGCAAGCCAUCUCGGUGUUCAGGGGCUACGCAGAGAGGAAGCGCCGGAAGCGAGAAAAUGAUUCCGCGUCUGUAAUCCAGAGGAACUUCCGCAAACAUCUGCGCAUGGUCGGCAGCCGGCGGGUGAAGGCUCAGACGUUCGCUGAGCGGCGCGAGCGGAGCUUCAGCAGGUCCUGGAGCGACCCCACCCCCAUGAAAGCCGACACUUCCCACGACUCCCGAGACAGUAAUGACCUGCAGAGUUCUUGUUGCACCUUGGAUGAGGACUUUGAAGGCCUGGACUGGGAGACGGAGAAGGGUCUGGAGGCUGUGGCCUGUGACUCAGAGGACUUUGUGCCCCCCAAGGUCAUGCUCAUCUCCUCCAAGGUACCCAAAGCCGAGUACAUCCCCGCCAUCAUCCGCAGAGACGAUCCUUCCAUCAUCCCCAUUCUCUAUGACCAUGAGCACGCCACCUUUGAGGACAUCUUGGAGGAAAUUGAGAAGAAAUUGAACAUCUACCACAAAGGGGCCCGAAUCUGGAAGAUGCUCAUCUUCUGCCAGGGAGGCCCCGGACACCUUUAUUUGCUCAAGAACAAGGUGGCCACAUUUGCCAAAGUGGAGAAGGAAGAAGACAUGAUCCACUUCUGGAAGCGUCUGAGCCGCCUGAUGAGCAAAGUGAACCCAGAGCCAAACAUCAUUCACAUCAUGGGCUGUUACAUUCUGGGGAACCCCAAUGGAGAGAAGUUGUUUCAGAACCUCAGGACCCUCAUGACCCCAUACAGGGUCACCUUCGAGUCCCCCCUGGAGCUGUCGGCCCAAGGCAAGCGGAUGAUUGAGACCUACUUCGACUUCCGGCUGUACCGCCUAUGGAAGAGCCGGCAGCAUUCAAAGCUGCUGGACUUGGACGAUGUCCUCUGAGGG